ACCCUGGUUUUUGACAGCUGACAAAUGGAAUUAAAUAACUUGCGUGUGCUUUUGCGACCGAUUUUCAGCGCUGAAAAUUCUAUUUGCACAAUUUGAUAAAUAAUUGCAAAAAUUCACAGUAAAAUACGAAAUUGUAGCAAUAAAGUGAGAAGAAAAUGUAAAUAUAAAUAUUGCAGAAAACAUAAUCGCUAAUAGCUAAAAUAAAAAAUUUGCAUCAUUAAAAUAAUCACAAUUGGUUCCCGAUUGACAAUAAAGCUGCUGGCGGAAACAACCUUUUUACACCGAAUAGUAAUGUUUUUAACGCGCAGAGGAAAAUUCUUAAAAAGUAAAAAUUGCUGAAUGGCGCAGUGAAUUCGCCUACAUACACCAGUCAAAUACACAAAUGCCUUAUAGCACAAAUUAAAGAAAAAGUAAAAAUUAAAGAGAAAAAACUAAACUAGAAAAGAAAGGCACUUUCGAAUUAAGUAGUUGUCAGUAUUCCAUUGCCGUAUUUAACAAGUUAUUGAACAUUGUAUCAUUCACAUAUGUACAUAGUUCCCCAGCUAGACGCACCUGUGAAAUUCCCAAAGUUCCCCUUCCAAAACAUUUGUUUGGUUUUGUGUGACACUGCAGCCAUUUCUUGUGGUGUUCAGUCGACUAUUUUGUGUUCAAAUUCAAUGUUCGAUUCCUUUUGGGCCUUUCAAGCAAUCUACGAAAUUUAAUGUCAUUUAGGCCUGAUAAAAACGAUUAUACAAACAUAUAUGCAAUGUACGAAACAUAUAAAUUCUUAAAUAUAAUAUUUCGUGCUUCAGUCAUUCCGGGAGCAUUCAUAUUAAUUUGGCUGACGGGGAUAAUAUCACUUGCCGUUGUCCAAUUAUGUAUGCUAGUAUUUUUGAUAAUAUUUGUUGGAUUCCCUCUGGUGUUUCGUUACUCUAUAACGUUGCAAAGAGGAAUUCUGUUUCUAACUUUUAUCACAUACCCGAAAGAUCUCGAUCUGUCGAAUCCGGCCAGUAUAGGAUUGUUUGGCACUAGAAGUUUACAUAUUAGUGUACUUGAUCCAGAUGCUGAAGAACGUCAUGACGGUAUACGUAUCGGUGUAUGGCACGUAUUGCCCUUACAAUUAGCGAAGCGCUUUGCUCAAGAAUUGAAAAUUGAUACGCAAGCACAUGAGGAACUGCAGAACACCACCAUUGAAAAAGAUGAGAAAAUAGACCAAUUGAUGCCUGUACUGAAAUCGGAAUUCCCCGAUGUGAACGCCGAGAAUGAGCAGCUCUUUUAUGAGCGACUGCUCAAACUUCCGGGUAUCAUUGUUCUUUAUUUGCACGGCAAUACCGCAUCUCGUGGCUCGGGUCAUCGUGUUGAGAUGUAUCAGCUGCUGCGUAAGCUUGGUUAUCAUGUAGUGGCGUUAGAUUAUCGUGGCUAUGGUGAUUCUGACCCCGUUCCACCCACCGAAGAGGGUAUUGUUCGCGAUGCGCUGACUGUAUAUGAAUAUAUCAGGAAUGUGACAACUAAUCCGAUCUUUAUUUGGGGCCAUUCACUUGGUACUGGCGUAGCGUGUCAUCUAUGUGCAGAAUUAAAUUUAAAUUUUAAAAUGAAACUGCCACGUGGGGUUUUGCUAGAGGCGCCUUUCACGAACAUACGUGAUGAAAUACGGUUACAUCCAUUCUCACGGCCCUUUAAGGACCUUCCUUGGUUUGAUUUAACCAUAGCGCGACCAAUGUAUUCGAACUCAUUACGUUUUGAGUCGGAUCGACAUAUUGCGGAAUUCCGUCAACCGGUAAUGAUAAUUCAUGCUGAGGAUGAUUAUGUUGUGCCAUUCGAACUGGGGUACAAGCUUUAUCGGACAGCACUUGAUACUCGUGGGAAAACUUGGGGACCUGUUGAGUUUCAUCGCUUCAGCGGCAACGCAGGUUACGGGCACAAGUUUCUUUGCCGCGCGCCCCAACUGCCAGAACUGGUAAAACAAUUCGUCGAUAAUUUUUACAAGGAAGAUUUUUAAAGAAAUACCGAAUAUAAUGGACAUUGGUGUUUUUCAUAA